AUACUUUUAAUUUAAUUGCAAAUUAUUUUAUUAGGAAAUAGUUACUGAAAUUCAGAAAAAUGGACGUAUUUAAUUUGUUUAAAAGCAAGUACACAUGCCGUGCCUGUAUGAGAACUGAUCAAGAUCUUUCCCCAAUGUCUGCAGACGAAAUAUUGCUAUAUCGCAAUUUUGUAAAGCUGAAAAGUGGAGAUACAGUAAUCAAAUUAUGUUUUUUAUGCCAAAGUAUGCUUAGUAAAUUUUUGAAAUUCAUUAGACAUGUCAAAGAACAUAUGAAAUUAUGAAUGGAGUAUCCAAGGACGAGGAGGUUGCACUAAACACAUACAGGCUACACAACUAUACUUGUAUUACGGUCACUCAUUAUUUAGGACCAGAGGAGGAGAACUAUGAGUCAGACACUGAUGACAAGUACGAUGAUAUGCCUUUACACAUGUUGAAGGAGAUUAAAGAAGAAAAUAAUGUGAAGGGGAAAAGAAAGCAGCAAAACGCGAAAGAAACAGAAAACACCACAGAAAUAAAAAGAAGAGAAAAGAAGAGUGGCAAACAGAAGAAACAACUUAAAGAAGGCUUUAGCUCCAGAAUGGUGCAAGAGACUAAUGAAUAUGAAGUGGUCAAACUGAGUAAAGAACAGGUAUUGGAAGAAAUGGCGGAGAAAUCGAAAACCGAGAAAUACCUAAGAUCCGUAUACAAAUGCGAGAAAUGCGUGAAGGGAUUCAACUUCAAAGAUGUCAUCGAAAACCACAUGAAGAAACAUUCACAGGAAAGCGGAACCCUGAAGUGCGAAAUUUGUGCUCAAUACUGCCCGAGUGCUGUGUCUAUGAGAGGGCACAUGAAAUCUCACACCACGAGAUACAAAUGUAAGGUAUGUGGUGCGGUUCGCAUCUCCAGACAACAUUUACUAGAACAUUACUCUAUAGAGCACACUUUCGACGCAAACACAUACUCCUGCGAGCAAUGCUCCUUCACCACCAAAAAACGCACUGUAAUCCAAAGGCAUGUGAAAACACACAAGGUCGGCAAGAAUCUAACGUGUAGCGUAUGUGGGGCCGGGUUCAACAACAUGCAUGCGUUACGAAUGCACGUCUCCCGCCACGACCCCGCGCAGCGCUACAACUGCCCGCAGUGCAACAUGAAGUUCAUAUACCCGUCCCUCUUGCACCGUCACUUGCUGUCCCACUCGCACCAGCACUACUGCGUCGAGUGUGACGUCACCUUUAAGUCGCUAGACAAUUUGAAACUCCACUUUAAAAGGGCGAAAAAACACAGAGAUCCAUCAACGUACAAAUACAAGUGCUCUCAAUGCGACGAGCUUUUCAUCUCAUCCUCCUCGGUUCUGGCGCAUCUCAGCGCAUCGCACGGCGCCGCAAAGAGUCACGCCUGCACGCUGUGCGGUAAACUGUACUCUAGUCGAGAAAGUGCGAGGAGCCAUGAAAGACGCGCUCAUGGGAGAGAAAAACUGUCGUGUGAAGUUUGUAAUAAGGACUUUAGCGUGAGUAUACGACGCCAUUUUGAAUUUUGUAGCCGCCAUUUUGAAUUUUGUCGCCGCCAUUUUGUGACUAAAUAAUUUGUACCAUCCGCCAUUUGCAAUAUUUAUUUGUAAGUAUUAGUCUAGAGCUUUCGAUGUGCGGCAAACUCUACUGUAGGACUCUAGACGAGAAAGUGCGAGGAGCCAUGAAAGACGCGCUCACGGGAGAGAGAAACUGUCGUGUGAAGUUUGUAAUAAGGACUUUAGCGUGAGUAUACGGCGCCAUUUUGGAUUUUGUUAAACGCCAUUUUAAAUUUUGUCGCCGCCAUUUUGUGACUAAAUAGUUUAUAAUGUCCGCCAUUUGCAAUACUUGUU